UUUACUCUCUAGCAUGUUCCCUUUUUUAAGUUUACAGAAAUUCAGCUUGCAGUCUGGUCUCCACACAUCUGUGUAUAUUCAACCUUUAAUUAUUGAUUAGUGCUGAUCAACAAAAGCCCAAUUAUUGAAAUGUCCUUGAAAUUCACAGCUUGGUUUCACACAAUUAAACACGUGAAGGCAUCACAGCCAGGCUUGAUGUGGUUUGUAUGUUGUGUCAUCGCAUUAUUUUGCCAUUCAGUAAAUAAGUUGCAGUUCUUUAACGUAAGUAAAAGUUUGCUACAUGGUACAUAGUAGCUUAAAUUCUUGGUACAGUUGGUGUAAAACAAAACAUUUGCACAUGCUUCAGCUGUGCGUCAAUUUCUCUUCCCCAUUAAGGUGAAUGCGUGAGUGGCCGUUUUAUGGCUCACUUUGUUCACUUUGGGAACUGAGCUCACGCUGACUGGCACGAAGCCAUGAAGGUCUUCAGACACUGAAACUGUCAAACUGUCUUCUUUCCCCUUCAGAAUAGGUUUCAGUGGCACUUCCCUGUCCACAAGGACACGAAUGCCUUUUAUUUUAAAUUAAUUUUUAUUCUGAAGACUUGUUUUGGUUCUCUACGGAGCUGUUUGUCACCGCGUCUUCACUUUCUCCUGGUCACUUUUGGCACCUGAGGCCUAUAUUUAUUAAUUCCUUGUUAUUCACAGUAUAAAAUUACACUGUUUAGGUAAAUUAGUUUCAUUGUAAACUCAACACUUGAAAAUUGUAGCUUUUAUUUUUUUACAAGAUUAUAUAAAUUGCCCAAUUGUGACAAAGGGAGAAUGGUACUUUUUAAAUGAAAACAGGUAUAUAAGUCAGUGAUAAUAAUCAUAAUCCCUGAUAAAAGUGGAAAGUGUAGAUGUUAUACUUAUGACAACAACUAAUGUAAGUUAAAAGUGUAACAAAAAGACUUUAAGUUGUUUCUCAAUGACAAAAUGUGUCCAAAAUCCCCAUGAUUUCAUUCCAGAUGAAGCGUUGUAGAGGUGCACAGUGCCACCGUGUGGCCAAAACACUAAUGGAAACAUUUCAUCUUGACGUUUUGUUGCAGAGUUGGCUUGACGGUUUCGAUUAUUUAUACAACGUCUCCUAUGAGGGCAACUGUUGCGAGGGGGGGGACGUGUGCGACCUGGACGAGGGCACGGCCUUCGAGUCGGUCUUCAUCCCGGUUCUGUACUCGGUGGCGUUCGUCGUGGGGGUCCUGGGGAACGCGGUGCUGCUGGGAGUUCUGGCCCGGACCAGGAGCACGUGGAGCGUCACGGACACCUUCAUCCUCCACCUGGGCGUGGCGGACGUCCUGCUGCUGGUGACGCUGCCCCUCUGGGCGGCGCAGUCCGCUCAGGAGAAGGGCUGGACAUUCGGCCUUCGCCUCUGCCAGAUCACUGGGACUAUUUACACGGUCAACUUCUACUGCGGCAUCUUCCUGCUGGCCUGCAUCAGCAUAGACCGGUACCUGUCCAUCGUUCAUGCCACCCAGAUGUACUCCCGCAAGAAGUCUUGGGUCGUCCAUGCCAGCUGUUUUGUGGUGUGGUUCGUGUCCGUGCUCCUCUCCAUCCCUGACUGGAUAUUUUUAGAAGACGUGGAGGACAAAGCGCGCGGCAUAAAGAUAAUGUGCAUUCGCAAUUACUCCAAAAUUGGGGCCGAUGCGGUGUAUCAGUGGCGACUGGCCUCGCGCCAGCUCUACCACGUGGUGGGCUUCCUGCUUCCGUCGGCCAUCCUGGUCUUCUGCUACUCCUGCAUCCUGUGGCAGCUGCGCUGCGGCACCCAGGGCCUGCAGAAGCAGAAGGCCUUCCGGGUCAUCAUGGCCGUGGUGGUGGUCUUCUUCCUCUGCUGGACGCCGUACAACAUCACACUUAUGGUGGACACGCUUCACUGGAACAGCAGCAACGAGACCUGCGGCGUCAGAACGUCUCUGCAGGUGGCCCUAACCGUCACCUCGUCGCUGGGCUACCUGCACUGCAGCCUCAACCCCAUCCUGUACGCAUUCGUGGGUGUGAAGUUCCGGCGCCAGCUCCUGCACAUCUUGAGCUCUCUGGGCUGCAAACUGAAGACGAGUGCUACCUUCCAGUCGGCCGUGAGCACCAGGAGAAGCUCCCUGUGGUCCGAGUCUGAAAACUCCUCCAGGUCCAUUGCUAUCUGAGACGCGUGCGAUAACCUGCAGACUGAUGUGGAAAACACACACACUGGACACACUGACUUUGACAUGUGACGGAUCCUAAACAUCUGGAAUGUGACAUCUUCUGUAUAUUUUCUGUGCUGUACAAAUAGCAACAGGCUUUGCUUACUUUUCAUUUUUCCGUUAUAGUAUGAUAUAAAUAUGACUCCGGCCAACACAGCUGACCUGAACACAUCUUGUGACGUUUUGUAACAAAGUUUUAUAUCACAAUUCUCUUUCACAGUAUAUAUUUUGUAUAUUAAAUACAAUAAAUGUCAUUUUUAUUAAUCAGUGUGGUUCCAACAUUACAGUACAUAAACAGCUGCUUAGAGACGAUUGUGUUGAUGAAAUGAACUCAUGACUGUGGGCGGCAGCUGGUUAGUUGCUCUAAGCUGUUGAACAAAGCUGCUGAGUUCAACCUGUCUUUAGACUUGAUGAUACAGCUGUAGCAGUUACAGAGUAGAGUUUUAAGUGAUGCUCAUCUGACACCUUUAUUGGAUGCUUCAGCUCUAAACACAUUUUGAAAGAGAGGAGAAAAAGGGGAACGAUUUAAGAGAACAGAAACUGUUUCACACUGGAAAUGACUGCACUUAGUCUAAAAAAGGGAUUUUUCCGAAAAACUUUUUAUUUCAGCUCACAUGUAAAUGUCAACAAUAUGACUUGACCUAAAAAGUAGGUUGAGAUUAGUGCUCAACACACAGUGCUGUGAUCCUCAUCUUCCUUUUCAUCCAUGUGUUCACCUCCUACUGUAUAGUCCAAACAAAGCAGGCCUGUGUCUGUCAAACAGUCCCUUGUUUCGACGCUUACUCUCCCGUCACCUGACUCAUGACACCAUUGCCUGUUUGCAUCAUACAGUGUCAAACAGUUCAAACACAGAAACACUGAGGGCUGAGCAGAAGGACUGGGACUUAUGAAGGGGGAUUUCCACAGCUUUGCUGCAACCUCGGACUUUACAGUUCUUAAGAUAAACACUAUAAAACAAUAAAAGGUGAAACGGCUUCUUAUACUGUACGUUAACAGGACAGUUCAUUUUGCUACAAAUACAAUAAUACUCCCAAAGCUUUAAUUCCCCACAGCUUAAAAGAGCUUUACCACGACUGUGUAACGGUUAAAAAAUAUACCGUAUAAAUGAUUAUAAAAACAUUCUGGAUCCUAAUAGCAACAUUAACACGCAACAAAUAUUAAAUAUAUUAUUCAAUAAUAA